ACAGUAAAAUGGCCGGCCAUAGGAUUGCUCAUGCUACUUUGAAAGGACCAAGUGUGGUGAAGGAAAUCGUUAUUGGAAUUGUGCUCAGCUUUGCUGCCGGUAGUGUAUGGAAGCGGCAUCAUUGGAACGAGCAGAGACGAGUAAGGUCAUUCUAUGACUUGUUGGACAAAGGUGAGAUCACCUUGGUUCCAGCAGAAGAAUAAUUAUUCUAUAA